ACCCGGAUUUCGAUAAUGUCUCCGGUGUCCGCCAGGAGAAGGAGUGGAUCGGAGUGGAUCUCUCUCUCCCCCUCGCUGCCUCAUCCACAGAUGGCCCCUCCCUGGCCCGGUGCGCCGCCCAGGCGUGACGUAGCAGCCCGUUUGAGUUGAAAAGCCGUUGCAGUUCUUCAUAGUGCCAUUGAAGUGAGUCAUCUGUAGGAAGUGGGGUAAAAAAAAGGAAAAAAAGAAAAAAAGUUCGACCUGUUCCGUGAACAGCAGAGAGAGCUUCGCGUAGAGCAGUAGGCACGGCGACGGAAAACACUCUGAGGGGCUGAAAAAGGUGGCGAUAGGCUUUUUAACCUGCGUGAGUCACAGACUCCGGUCCUGAGACUCUUCUGCUGGAUCUGACGGCUGAUGGCGCGCUGCUGACUUUAGGUUCAACUUUGCGCACCUGAGAGGAUCUUUGACAGAGUUAGUCUACCUGUGGCACAGACCAGUAAAAGCACAAGGAGAAAAAAAAAGACUUUAAAAGCAGGAAGAACAACAACAGCAAAAAAAAAAAACGGGGGUGCAAAAAUCAAACUUGCAAUACUUGUAAGAUGUUAUAAUUUUCGCUUUUAAAAAGCGUAAUCGCACUUUUGCCAGCUCGUCUUCUUUGGAUAUCACGAUUAAUAACGUCUCAAGUCAGAGGAUUUUUUUUCUCAAAUUUUCCUGUUGGUGCCUUUUUUUUUUUUACUGCGGGGAUUUUAAAGACAGAGGCUCGCUCUAGAGCUCAAACAGUCCACUGAAAUCUUCCUCUUCCCUGGACCAUGUACCAGGACUACCCAGGGAACUACGACACCUCGUCCCGCGGCAGCAGCACCUCUCCGGCCCAGCCGGAGUCCUUCACCAGCGGCAGCAGCACGAUCGGAAGUCCGAUCUCCACCUCGAGCUACCAGAAGUACAGGGUUGACAUGCCUGGCUCCAACAGUGCCUUCAUCCCCACAAUCAAUGCAAUCACGACCAGCCAAGACCUGCAGUGGAUGGUGCAGCCCACAGUCAUUACCUCCAUGUCCAACCCCUACUCGCGCUCCCACCCCUACGGCCACCACCUGACCAACGGCCCCGGGCUGCUGGCCCACAACUCGCUGCCCCGGCCGGGGGUCAUCCGCUCCAUCGGGGACGCCAGGGGCCGGCGCAAGAGAGACGAACAGGUGUGGACAAACCUCACUCCAGAGGAAGAGGAGAAGAGGAGGGUGAGACGCGAGAGGAAUAAGUUGGCGGCGGCCAAGUGCCGCAACCGCAGGCGGGAGCUCACCGAGAUGCUGCAGGGGGAGACCGAAAAGCUGGAGGAGGAGAAGGCCGACCUGCAGAAAGAGAUCGAGAACCUGCAGAAGGAGAAGGACAAGCUGGAGUUCAUGCUGGUGGCGCACAACCCCGUGUGCAAGCUGCCCCUGGAGGAGCGCCACCAGGCGGGGGGGCACCCGCAGUGCGCCGCGCUGCCGCUGGCCCUGCGCCCGCGCGUCCACAUGACCCAGGUGGUGGUCAAGCAGGAGCCGGAGGACGCGGUGGACGAGGCCGGGGGCAAGCCCCAGCGCUCCGUCAUCAAGCCCAUCUGCCUGGGGGGGGGGCGGCGGCGUGAGCGGCGGGAUGUACUGCCCCGACGGCGACAGCCUCAACACGCCGGUGGUGGCGGCGUCCACCCCGGCGGCCACGCCCAGCGCGCCCAGCCUCAUCUUCACCUACCCCAGCAUGCUGGAGCCCGAGAGCCCCUCGCCCUCCUCAGAGUCCUGCUCCAAGGCCCACCGGCGCUCCAGCAGCAGCGGGGACCAGCCCCCCGCCCCCCUCAACCCCCCCCCCCCCCUGGCGCUCUGGGGCGGGGGGGGGGGGGGGGGGGGGGUACAGGACAAACACUGUGGCGCUCCCGUCUUUAAAAGCACAUUAUUAAAAAAGUCCAGACCAAGCUGACCACGUGAGCCGUUUUCCCCCUCUCCGGAGGGAGACCCGCAAGGGCUACGCCGCCUUUCCUCCAGUCCCACUUCAGCGUGUGUUCGCCCCCCCCCCUUUCCCCCCCCCCCCCCCCCCCCCCCCCUUUCACCUCCCGAGCGUCACCCCGUUUACCGACCCUCCUGCCGAGAGGAGACCAGGCCGCCCGGGCCGCCACAGAACGACUUCUUAAUAUAUAUAUUUUUCUGAAAAUGUCUAAAAAGCCAUGUGGCUGACGCUUGCACUCUGCCAAGACGAAUCAAUAAAUUAAUCACUAAGCGAGGUCAGUGUUCCACUGGAAUUUUCUGAGGAGAGACAAUGAGCAAAGACUUCCUCCGGUCUUUUUUUUUUUUCUUUUUUCCCCUCCCCCCAUUUAGAUUCGUCCUUUCGAUUCAGGAUAGCUUCUAGGAGUGUGUACACUUUUUCUGAUGUUAUUUCCAUCUCUUUAAGUGUAUUUAUGGCCUGUGCUAAAUGAAAUUUACAAAGUGUUUUGUUGAGACUUUUCGUCCUCUCCUUUAAUCCGCCUGUAGAGAAGCGGCCAUCCGCAGGGUCAGCCGGGCACUCCUCAGUGUUGCAAAAGGAAACGAGCCAACUUUCAAUCGAUGACUAGUUCCUCAAUACUUUCUAUUUUGCCAUAGUGGCUUGACUUUAUAGUAUUGUGUGCUUUUCCUCAGUGAUUCUGUACCUGAACUUUACAACCUGUUUUUUGACAAAGUGUAUGUGAUUUACAUUGAUGUCAGGGAUUAUCUCUCAUGUGUAGUAGAACCCCCGUUGUGAGCAGCGUGGACAGCAGGACCGCUGACCGUUACAGAGGUGGUACUUUCAAAUCUCCUCGCCUCAGUGGGUCGCACUGAGAGAGGUUUAUUUUUUCGCUAAGACAUUUGGAAGAAAAGUUUGAGCAAAACCCUCCUCCACCGCACUUCUUUGUUCUCUAAACAAGCAACGUUUUUUUCCCCCCACGAUGCUCAAGUCUUAGGGGGUGGAUCAGGUUUCAAAGAGCCAAAAAAAGAUUUGUAUGACUCGUGUAACCCUGUAAGUCGUCCAUCUUUGUCUAAAAAGGAGGGAUUUUGCUCAAAUUUGAAAAAAAA